UGGGGGUGGUGGGCGAUGAGGAACCCCAUCAGAUAUGAGGGUGACCAGAUAUCAGGGUGGGAGCCUCUUGCUAAACCGACUUAGCAGAGUUCUUGCUAAAACUGGCUUUUAUAAGGAAGGGCACAGAUGGGCCUCAGAGAAGGUUUGGACCUGGCUGCGUCUGGUUGAGCAAAGAAUCUUUGUCGCCACUUGGGAAGAAGGGGUGGGAUGCUAUGGAAUAUGAUGAGAAGCUGGCCCGGUUCCGGCAGGCCCACCUCAACCCCUUCAACAAGCAGCUUGGGCCGAAGCAGCAUGAGCAGGGGGCUGGUGAGGAGGCCCUGGACAUCGCUUCUGAAGAGGCCCUGCCUCAGCUGCCCCCUGAGGAGCCGGAGUUCCACUGCACUGAGCGUGUGAUGGAUCUUGGUCUGUCUGAGGACCACUUCUCCCGCCCCGUGGGUCUGUUCCUGGCCUCUGACCGGCAGCAGCUGCGGCAGGCCAUCGAGGAGUGCAAGCAGGUGAUUCUCGCGCUCCCUGAGCACUCGGAGAAGCAGAAGGACGCCGUGGUGCGGCUCAUCCACCUGCGGCUGAAGCUGCAGGAGCUGAAGGACCCCAAUGAGGAUGAGCCCAACAUCCGAGUCCUCCUUGAGCACCGUUUCUACAAGGAAAAGAGCAAGAGUGUGAAGCAAACCUGUGACAAGUGUAACACCAUCAUCUGGGGGCUCAUUCAGACCUGGUACACCUGCACAGGGUGUUAUUACCGCUGUCACAGCAAGUGCUUGAACCUCAUCUCCAAGCCCUGUGUGCGCUCCAAAGUCAGCCACCAAGCCGAGUAUGAGCUGAACAUCUGCCCCGAGACGGGGCUGGACAGCCAGGAUUACCGCUGUGCGGAGUGCCGGGCGCCCAUCUCUCUGCGGGGUGUGCCCAGCGAGGCCCGGCAGUGUGACUACACCGGCCAGUACUACUGCAGCCACUGCCACUGGAACGACCUGGCCAUCAUCCCAGCGCGUGUGGUGCACAACUGGGACUUCGAGCCGCGCAAGGUGUCCCGCUGCAGCAUGCGCUACCUGGCGCUGAUGGUUUCGCGGCCGGUGCUCAGGCUCCGCGAGAUCAACCCUCUGCUGUUCAACCAUGUGGAGGAGCUGGUGGAGAUCCGGAAGCUGCGCCAGGACAUCCUGCUCAUGAAGCCGUACUUCAUCACUUGCAAGGAGGCCAUGGAGGCGCGCCUGCUCCUGCAGCUCCAGGACCGUCAGCAUUUUGUGGAGAACGAUGAGAUGUACUCCGUCCAGGACCUGCUGGACGCGCACACAGGCCGCCUCGGCUGCUCGCUCACCGAGACCCACACGCUCUUCGCCAAGCACAUCAAGCUGGACUGUGAGCGGUGCCAGGCCAAGGGCUUUGUGUGUGAGCUCUGCAGAGAGGGUGACGUGCUGUUCCCCUUCGACAGCCACACGUCCGUGUGCACUGACUGCUCUGCUGUCUUCCACAGGGACUGCUACUACGACAACUCCACCACGUGCCCCAAGUGUGCCCGGCUCACCUUGCGGAAGCAGUCACUCUUCCAGGAGCCUGGUCCAGACAUGGACGCCUAGAGCCGCGGGCAUCCCUCCCCCGCCUGUCUGGUGCCCACCCUCCUGGUCAUUGCCAAAGUCAAGGUGUUUCGUGUACUCUGGAGACCCUGAGGUUGCGUCCCCUGGACCUCUCCCCCCUGCUGGGCCGGAGGGGUGUGAGCAGGGACACGAGGACCUUCAUCCCCAAGGUGCUUGCAGGGACUCAGGGUGGCUGCACUGGACUGUCUCCUGGGUGUGCUGCUG